CUGCCGCCCCGCCGCCGCCGCCGCCGCCGCCGCCCGGGCGCCGCCCGCCCCCCGCCGCCGCUGAGCCUGGCCCGCCGCCGCGGCCUCCCCCGGCGGCGCCGCCCGCCCCGGGCUGCCGCAGCGCCCGCCGCCGCGCCGCGAUGGAGACGGCGGAGAAGGAGUGCGGAGCCCUCGGCGGCCUCUUCCAAGCCAUCAUCAACGACAUGAAGAGCUCCUACCCGAUCUGGGAAGAUUUCAACUCCAAGGCGACCAAGCUGCAUUCGCAGCUCAGGACUACGGUGCUGGCCGCGGUCGCCUUCCUGGAUGCCUUCCAGAAAGUGGCCGACAUGGCCACCAACACCCGAGGGGCCACGAGGGAUAUCGGCUCGGCGCUGACCCGCAUGUGCAUGAGGCACCGCAGCAUCGAGGCCAAGCUCAGGCAGUUCACCAACGCCCUCAUGGAGAGCCUCAUAAACCCUUUGCAGGACAGGAUUGAGGACUGGAAGAAAACUGCCAACCAGCUGGACAAGGACCAUGCGAAAGAGUACAAGCGUGCCCGCCAUGAGAUCAAGAAGAAAUCCUCCGACACCCUCAAGCUCCAGAAAAAAGCCCGCAAAGGCAAGGGGGACCUGCAGCCGCAGCUGGACAACGCGCUGCAGGACGUCAACGACAUGUACCUGCUGCUGGAGGAGACGGAGAAGCAGGCGGUGCGCAAGGCCCUCAUCGAGGAGCGGGGCCGCUUCUGCACCUUCAUCACCUUCCUGCAGCCCGUGGUGAACGGGGAGAUCACCAUGCUGGGAGAGAUCACCCACCUGCAAGGCAUCAUCGACGACCUGGUGGUGCUCACGGCCGAGCCCCACAAGCUGCCCCCCGCCAGCGAGCAGGUGAUCAAGGACCUGAAGGGCUCUGACUACAGCUGGUCCUACCAGACGCCCCCAUCCUCUCCCAGCAGCUCCAGCUCCCGCAAGUCGAGCAUGUGCAGCAGCGUGAGCGGUGCCAAGGGUGGCAUCCCGUGGCCCGGCGGGUCCCAAACUUGCUCACCAAGUUCCACCUAUCGCUACCGCAGCCUGGCGCAGCCGGUCAACGCGGGCACGCGUCUCUCCAGCGUCUCCUCUCACGAUUCGGGCUUCAUCUCCCAGGAUGCCGCCUACUCCAAACCGCCUUCUCCGAUGCCUUCGGACAUCACCAGCCAGAAGUCCUCCAGCUCGGCAUCCUCGGAGGCCUCCGAAACCUGCCAGUCAGUUAGCGAAUGCAGCUCCCCCACCUCGGUUAGUUCUAGCUCUACCGCAGGGGCACGGGCAGGUGGCGAAAAGGAUUGGUCCAAAGCCAGUCCCUACGACCAGCCCGUGGUGAACACCCUGCAGAGGCGAAAGGACCGCGUGGAGCACCUGCGGGAAGCAGAGAUGGCCUCGGCCGCCAUGGGGUACACGGGCAUCAGCGUCGAGGAAGCUCCCAGGCCCCGGAUGUCACCGGCUACGAUUGCUGCCAAGCAUGGCGAGGAGGUGUCCCCCGCUGCCAGCGACCUGGCCAUGGUCUUGACCCGGGGGCUGAGUCUGGAGCACCAGAAGAGCAGCCGGGACUCGCUGCAGUAUUCCAGCGGCUACAGCACGCAGACGACCACCCCGUCCUGCUCCGAGGACACCAUCCCUUCCCAAGGUAGCUCUGACUACGACUGCUAUUCGGUGAACGGAGAUGUGGAGUGCGACCCCCAGAGCGAGUUCGACAAGUCCUCCACCAUCCCGCGCAACAGCAACAUCGCCCAGAACUACCGGCGCAUGAUCCAGACCAAGCGUCCCGCCUCCACCGCUGGGCUGCCUACGGGCACCAACCUGCCAGCCGGCACCACGCCGGGGGUCGCCACCAUCCGCCGCACGCCUUCCACCAAGCCCUCGGUCCGCCGCACCCUCUCCAACGCGGGCCCCAUCCCCAUCCGGCCCCCCAUCGUCCCCGUGAAGACCCCCACGGUGCCCGACUCCCCCAGCUACACCGGCCCCACGCGAGUGGGCAGCGAAGAGUGCGUGUUUUACGCUGACGACGCCUCGCCGAACACCAUGGAUUUUGCCAAAGCUUCGCCCAAGCGGCUGAGCCUUCCCAACACCGCCUGGGGCAGCAACGUCAUGGAGAUCUCCGUGUACCCCGGUGCCGGCCAGCACCUUUCCGCCGAGGAAGAGGAGGACCAGCAGUUGGCAGCCAACCGGCACAGCUUGGUGGAGAAGAUCGGCGAGCUGGUGGCCAGCGCCCAUGCCCUGGGCGAAGGCCAGUUUCCCUUCCCUACGGCGCUUUCUGGCCCCGGCCCUGGCCCCGGCCCCGGCGAGGAGACGCCUACUCCACCGCCGGCGGCCUCCAUGGACCCCCCGGCCGAAGACAUGCUGGUGGCCAUCCGGCGCGGGGUGCGCCUGCGGAGGACCAUCACCAACGACAGAUCGGCCCCACGGAUAUUGUGAUGAAGCCCCCGGUCCCUCCCGGCCCCGUCCCGCGCCGCGCCGUGCCGUCCCGCCGCCCCGCUCCCCGCGUCCCUGGGAGGAGAUCGAAGCAGCGCCCCGAGGAGGAGAGCCGCCGGCGGGAACCGCGGCGCCGCAGCCGCUUUUCGGAGGUAGAGGCAGAGCCUGGAUUUACACGGAAACUGAAAGCCUUCGCUGGCAAACUCGCAAGGACGCAGCCUAGGCGCUGAACUGGGUCUGGAGCCCGUUUUAUACUUUGUUCCUCGCCCCCCGCUCGCCCGCAGCCUCCCUGGCGCUUCUCGCGGCCUCGAGGGCGUGGGGCCCAAAUGCGCAGGGGUCGCCGGCCGCUCUCCCCGUGAGCUCCCCGGUCCCCAGCGAGGCGCUGGCGGCCCUGCGGGCAUCGCGCAGCCUCCCGCGCUCCCUCUCUCCCCUGGCAGGGGCUGGCUGUCGGCUGUCUUUCCUUCCUUCCUUUGGUCUUCCUUUCCUUCUUUCUCUUUAUCUAUUCCUUCUUUCCUUCUUCUUUCCCUCUUCCUUCCUUUCUCUUUCAUUUUUUUUCUUGCUUGCUUGUUUGCUUUCCCUUUCUUUUGCUUUCUUUCUCUUGCUUUCUCUCUUGCUUUUUCUUGCUUGCUUUUUUCUCUUGCUUGCUUUCUCUUUCUCUUGCUUCCUCUUGCUUUUGCUUUCUCUUGCUUGUGCUUUUUGUUUUCUUUCACUUUUUUCUUUGUCAUUUUCACUUUUUUCUUUCCCUUUUGCUCUUUCCCUUUUGCCGUUUCGCUCUUUUUUGCUCUCCUUCAUUCUGUCUUGCUUUCUUCCUCUUUUGCUUCUUUUUUUCUCUCUCCACCUUUCUUUCUUGCUCUCUCUCCUUUCUUUUUCGCUCCUUCUCUUCUUCUUUCUUUCUUCUUUCCUCUCUUUUCUUCUCUUUCUCCUUCUACCUCUGUCUUUGCACUUUCCCCCUUCCCCGGCGGCGCGGGAGGGUUUCCCCCGGCUCGGAGGGGUGGCAGGAUGGGGCCGGGGCCACGGCGGGAGCGCAGCACCGUCCCCGGGGCCCAUCCCUGGCCUCAUCCCCGGGGCAGCGGCCGGGAGGAGGCACCGGGCCGGGGGAGAGGAUGGGGGGCCGGGCGGCGGGAGCCAGGCCGGGGCCGGGACCAUGCCCUGCCGCCGGAGCGCCGGAGCCUCCCGCUUCCCACGGAUGCGCUACGAGCCUUGAAGAAAGCACAACCUCCCCCUGCCGCGCUCGGCACCUGCCCCCUCCUCCCCGGCAGCCCCCCGUUGUACAUAGCUCGCCCCGGUGUGUGUCGCAUCGCAGCCCCCUCCUCGCUCCGUCUUAGGAAUAACGAUUUAGUUAUAACCUCGCCCCGGCCCGCCCUCCCCCCAGCCCUUCUCGUGACCAGAAAUGCUGAUGACAAGUGACAAAUGUUUGGGUUUUUUUGGGUUUAUUUCUCAUUUUGUACAGAGAACAAAAAAUUCCUUGGAAAAGAAAAAAAAAUGUCUUUCGACUGAAGUAACUUUUCUGGUGCUGUUGUUAACUUGUUCCUUUUUUUAAUUUAUUUUUUCCCCCUCAGUGCUCCUGUCUCUGCCUCCGCUUCCCUCCCCUUCCCUCAUCCGGGUUUCUUUUUCUUUCUUUUAUUCCCUCCUUUGGGGUUUUUUUGGUUUUUUUUUCGUGGUAAUUAUCCUGUCUCCCCCCCCAGCCCUUGAUUUCAAUAGUCACUGCUACAAGUAACGAAUGCACUGUGAAGAUUCCAGUAUUAAUAAAAGUCGUACUGUAA